ACCUGGACAGUAACAGUAAGCAAGUAGCAUAUAAACUGUGGGCUCAGGUUGCAGGUUCUGGCGAAGACUACACAGAAACCCCAGGUCUAGUUAACAGAAUUUCUUCUCAUUUUUCUUCUUGGACCGUCUGAGCUUCAUCAGAACCUAGUAAGAUAGUUAAGUAAAUGAUACCCCUCUCCCACUUUACAGAGGAGGAAACAGGUAGAGAUGAGAUAAGUGACUCCCCUAAGGUUAGAGUUACAGCUUAGGGACAGUAUGGAAGUGUAGGGGCAGAAAUGAGAGCUCUUCACAUUGGGCAGGAUGCAGAUGCAGCCCCUAGGUUUUAUUGGUGUUGGUUCACAAACAUGAAAGGCCAGCACCUUGUCUUUGUGGGGCUGACCAUCUAUGAUCUAUAGCUCAUGGAACUUAUUGCUACUGCCUACUUUGAGAACAACAGCUAUGUUCCUAAGAAAGAAAACCAGAACGGUGAAUGUAGGCUUUCCAUGUCUUCUCUUGCCCUGUGUUUUGGAGGGAAAAACUCUGCUUGAAGAGACCUGGGUUACACAAAGAGAAAUAUAAAAGCAUUAAAGAAAAAUUCUAUGGAUGAGAUGAGACCUGAGAGUCAUUCUUAGAAAUGGAAAUAGAAGCCAGAAAGCCUUGCUAUCUCUCACCCCUACUCACCUAGAACUUCAGUUGUCACAUUUCUAUGAGGGCGGACGAAUACUCGCUUUGAAAAUUGAGGUAUGGCUUGCCUUUAAUCCCAGCACUCACUCGGGAAACAGAGGCAGGAGAAUCUCUGAGUUUGAGGACAGCCAGGACUAUGCAGUGAAACCCUGUCUGGAAAAAUAAAAACAAAAGAAAGGAAAAAAAAAAGAAAGAAAACAGAGGCUUAGUUCCAGUUACUUGUUUUCAAUCAUGUAUGGUUUGGGUUUUGUUUUUUAAAUAGAGGCUCUAAGGCUGGAGAUGAUUCUGUGGUUUGAGCUCCUACUGCUGUUCUAGAAGACCCAAGUUCAAGUUUGAUCCUAGCAUCCACAUCACAUAGCUCACAACUAUCUAAAACUCUUUAAACUACAAGGGUUUUGAAGCCCCUGGCCUCCAUGGGACCUGCAUGGGCAUGCAUAUACCUCUUACAGACACACAAGUAUACGUAAUUAAACAUAAUCAAAUUAAAUCUUAAAAAAAGUAGAGGAUGAAGCAGGAAGCACCAUGAUACAUGCCUGUAAUUUCAAAUUCCAGUUCUCUUUGGGAAGAGGGAACCUUAAGAAAAUGCCCUCACCAGAUUGUCCUGUGGGCAAGCCCGUGAUGCAUUUUCUUGACUGCUAAUUGAUGUGGGAUGACUAGCUCACUUGUGCAGUGCCACCCCUGAGUCAUAUAAGAAACAGGCUGAGCAAGCCACGGAGCAGGCCAAUAAGCAGCAUUCACCCCAUUGCCUCUGCAUUACCUCUAGUUUCCAGUUUUCUGCCUUGUGUGAGUUCCUGCCACUGACUUCCCUCAAUAUUAACAGUGCCUGGAAGUAUGUGUGCGUGUGUGUGCGUGUGUGCGUGCGUGCGUGUGUGUGUGUGUGUGUGUGUGUGUGUACGCGCGCGCGUGUACACAUGUAUACGUACAGUCCUGACCCACUGACUUCGGGUUGCUUGUGUGAACAUGGGUGGGAGAUUAUUUACUGUAGUGUGGCUGACUACUAAAAAAAGUGAUACCCCUCUCCCAAUUUGGUGUUGUUUGAAACAGGGUCUCUAAUACCGUAACCCAGGUUGACCUUGAAGUUACAGCAUUUCUGUCUUUCUGUUUUGAGUUCUGAGAUAAUAGGUAUAUAGAACCAUACCCAACUGAAGACUUUAAAAUUCUGCGUUUAAAGCAGUUAAUUCCUUAUUUAGAUCUGAUUACCGUGACUUUUUGUCCAAAUUAGCUGGGAUUUCUUGCAGCUGGUGAUAUUCUGGGAUCUUGCAAGUUACCUUUCCUCUGUUAUUUGGAAGCAGUAGCCUUAGCUCAUCCUUCACAUAAAUACUCCAUUGAUGACACACGUUUAUGUUUUCCCAUUUUGUAAAAUCCACACACCACUCUGCAUUUUGUAUUUGAUCAAGUACUAGGUUUUAUUGGCCUCUUGGUUCAGGUAGCUGCCUAAGCAAUAAGAGAGGCCAGCAGUUGGUGAGAGAGAACAAUUGGGAGCUUGUACUCCUUCACCUUCUCUCCACUCUCUGUCUUCUCCCACAGUUUGGCAGUCUCCUGUCAAAUGCAAGGGCCUAUGCUAUGCGAAAAAUUCCAAAAUGAGUGAUAUACUGUCUCCGCCUUCAAGGAACUCUCAGUCCACUGAGGUGAGGCGGAUAAAUAGAUUUACUAGCCAGUUCAAGUCGAAGUAGUAAAGGGUCCCAGGGAGCCAGUUCUCCUGGGAAUAGGCAUGGUAGGAAGUGUCAGGAAAGGACUCAUCUGGAGAUGACCAUAGGGCUGACCCCUUAAAGUGACUAUUCUUAGAAGUUUGUUGGGUUGGGGAUUUAGCUCAGUGGUAGAUCACUUGCCUAGCAAGCACAAGGCCCUGGGUUCGGUCCCCAGCUCCGAAAAAAAGAAAAAAGGAAAAAAAGAAAAAAAAAAGAAGUUUGUUGAAGAAAUAGACACAAAAGUCAUGCUACAUUAAAUUGAUUUGUAUUUUAUCUCUUUGAAAAGUUAAUAUGCAUACAAAGUACAGAGCUCAAGAAGAUUGAGAGAAUGCAUAUAGAAAUUGUUUUUGUAUUUUUUGCUUCUUGAUUUUUAACCAUUCAGUUACCCUUUCUAAAGGCAAUGUUUCUUAUGCAUUAUUCCUGAGGGAAUUUGGUGUAUAUAAGUGUGUAUGUAACAUACACCCUUUUAAAAACCCAAGCAUGGGCUGGGCAUAAUGGCAUGCACCUAUAAUCCUUGGGGGGUUGAGGCAGCAGGAUGCAAGUAACUGAACAGUAUUUUUUUUUAAAUUUAUUUAUUAUAUGUAAGUACACUGUAGCUGUCUUCAGACACACCAGAAGAGGGCAUCAGAUCCCAUUACAGAUGGUUGUGAGCCACCAUGUGGUUGCUGGGAUUUGAACUCAGGACCUCUGGAAUAGCAGUCUGUGCUCUUAACCACUGAGCCAUCUCUCCAGCCCUGAACAGUAUUUUUAAGUACUAUAACUAAUUUGGCUUUCCAGUGUUUUCCUUUUCUAAACAAUGUUCUUGGGUGUCCUAUAGAUAUAUAUAUAUCAGAGAAUAUGUACUUUUUGGGACCUGUGUUAUUAAGUUGCCUUCCAAAGGCAUUAUAUAUAACAUAAAAAAUGUUGAGAUUAUCAUCUGUCUUGACAAAUUCUUUAAAAUUCCUUCCAGAGUGGUCUUAAAAAAUAAAAUUGCUGUGCUGAAACAGAGAGGUGGCUUAGUGGUUGAGAGUGCGAUACUGUUCUUCCAGAAGACAGGAGCUGCCAUAUCUAGCAGCUCACAACUGUGGUCCUGCAGUUCCAAAGGAUUAACACUCUUCCUCCAACCUUUGCAUUCAAUAUGCACAUACCUAUACAUAGAGAAAACAUAUAUACAUAACUUUAAAACAAUAAGUUUUAAAAACGUGCUUUUGUAACUUCCCUACUUAACACCCUUGUCAGUGUUACUUACUUUUCAAGUAGACUUUGAACUCCUUGGUCUAGCCUUCUUUUAACCUUUGCCAGGAGCACUCUCGAUUCACCUGAUAUGGUAAAACCUCCUUGCUCCCUUCCUCUACAGCCCCCUCUCCAAUAUCUCACACAUCAUUUAGGACUUAGACCAGCAUCAGCUCCUCUGGGUAGUAUUGUUUAACUCCUGAUCCUCAUGUGCAGGACACCUAAGGCACUACCUUACAUAUACUGACUCACCACUUAACUAUGUAUUUUGCAUGUGCUGUGGUAUAGCACAUGCUGACGGCAUUCUUGAAGUUUCUCAGCUGUUGCCUUAAAGAGAUGACUGAAGAACUCCUCAUAGGGUUAUUUAGUGUGGAUAUACUGAAGUGGUAGCACCACGAGGCUCAUUGCUCAUCUGUCAUUAGCCAGCUAGGGCACUGGACAUACCCUGUAACAUCUUUAACCUCUGACUUUAAAUACCACCACCUCUUUUUGCAUCUUGUCGAAAAGCAGUAGCAGCAACGAAUAGGCUUAAAUAGGCUGUACACUUUGCUUGAGUCAAAACCUUUCACAGAGAGGAAACUGAGCUAAGAGCUACAAGGAACAAAUAUUCCAAUAUAGGUGUUCCCACUCUCUGAUUUGUAUGAAUGUGAACACAGCCUGCAUAUGCAUAAACAUACAGACCUCUCUGUGAACCCCUCUGUCCAUAGCUUUAAUGGCUCAGUUUAAAGUGAGUAAAAGCCAAGGACCAAAGAUGCUUUUGUCACAAUUGCCAGGGGAAAAGAGGUGAAGACUAGUUAGUGGCUAGCCCUGUUCUUGGUUUCUGACUAAUGUUCACUGAAGAGUCUCAUAACUGCUCUAUUUACACUGAGAGAACUCCUGUUACCUCUUGUUUUCUCGGGGCUGGGGGACAUGGGUUUGAGUCAAGGCUUCAGACCUAUAUUAAAGUCUGGUUAACAUCUUUGGCCAAUACUCAGGGAAUCCUUUGUUAGGAUUGUAGAUGGGAGGCCCUCUGAUCUGUGCUGUUAGAGCUUUACAUUGAGUGUAUGGAAAUUUUAUUUUUCUUUUCUUUUUUUCGGAGCUGGGGACCAAACCCAGGGCCUUGUGCUUGCUAGGCAAGCGCUCUACCGCUGAGCUAAAUCCCCAACCCCUGGAAAUUUUUUAAAAGGAAGUAUGUUGUUUUUAAUUACCUUCUAUAAGCUAAAAUAUAUGAAUAAGUAGUAAAUAGCUGAGUAAAAUAGGCCCACUUUAUGUUUUAUCAACCCAGCGUCUUCUCUACAGACAUUUAGAAGAAAAUACUCCUUACAUUCUUGACUGUUACUUGGUUUUGUUUGUUGUUUGAUUGAGACAGGGUCUCUCUGUAUUGGUUGAUCUGUGACUCCUUUAUAGACUAGGUUGGCCUUGAACUCACAGAGAUCUCCCCAACUCUUCCUCCAGAACACUGAGAUUAAAAUGUGUGCCACCACACUGGGCUUGAUUUUAUUUUAUUUUUUUUAAACAAUACUUCUUACUAUUCUUCCUAGGUCAUUCUGAACCAGAAUGGGUGGUAGGGCCAUUUAGCAACUACAGCCUAUAACGUUACCCACCCCGCCAGUCACAGGUGUGUGGGUUGAGCCUUGAAUAGUUUGAGAUUCAGGGCUGUUGAAAGAGCUCCUCAGGGGCUUCUAGGCCUCUGAUAAGCUAGCCUCCUUGCCCUUGGCUCCUGCUGCUGCAUUCCUUCUCUAGGCGGUGUAGUUAUUCCUUUAAGACGUGUGCUCGCUCUGUUUUUCCUUUUGGUUAGCUGAAGUUGCUUUGAGGCCAAGUGACAUAGGCGGAACAGCUCUGUGUCAACAGCUGCUUUCUGCUGGAGCCCAUAGGCCAGUGGUCCUGACAGAGCAGCCAGUUUCUGAAAGAGACACGGGCCUGGCCGACCCAGCAGGUGAUGUACAGGUGAAGCUACUCCUCGCUGGCUUUAGGAUUCUUCUGGAUUUUAAGUCGUUCUUUAAAAAAAAAAAAAAAAAACCAAAUAAGUAAAAACCUCGGACGGAUAAAAGAUGUGCCAUGGCAGGAUAGCACCAAAGAGCAGCUCAGAGUUUGUUGUGACUUCCGUCGGUCAUGGAGUGUUUCUUCAACUGGUGAUCCUUUGCAGUCUGCUGGGAGACGGAUUAGCCUCCGGAACAUGGAUGGAACUAGAAAAUAUCCUGAGUGAGGCAACCCAGACCCCAAAGGACAUGCAUGUGUGCCCUCUGCCGCCAGAGCCAGAGAAUGGUGGCUACAUUUGUCAUCCCCGGCCCUGCAAAGAUCCUUUGACAUCAGGCAGUGUCAUCGAGUACCUGUGUGCAGAAGGCUACAUGUUGAAGGGUGACUACAAAUACCUGACCUGCAAAAAUGGCGAGUGGAAGCCAGCCAUGGAGGUUAGCUGUCAUCUCAAUGAAGACAAAGAAACCCAUGCAUCACUUGGGGUCCCUGCGCUGUCCAUAGUGGCUUCCACUGCCAGCUCUGUGGCACUCAUUCUUCUCCUUGUGGUGCUGUUUGUACUGCUGCAGCCAAAGCUGAAGUCUUUCCAUCACAGCAGGCGUGAACAGGGGGUUUCUGGGGACCAAGUCUCCAUCAUGGUGGAUGGGGUCCAGGUUGCACUACCCUCAUAUGAGGAGGCUGUGUAUGGAAGUUCUGGUCACUGCAUGCCGCCGGCUGACCCCAGAGUACAGAUCGUUCUGUCGGAAGGGUCUGCACCUAGUGGGAGGAACAUGCCGAGGGAGCAGCAGCUGCAAGGCCAGGCGGCCUGCUCCUCUGCAGGUGGAGAGGAUGAGGCCCCGGGCCAUUCUGGGCUGUGUGAAGCCUGGGGUUCCCAAGGCUCCGAGACUGUGAUGGUGCACCAGGCAACCACAUCUUCCUGGGUGGCCGGCUCAGGGAGCAGCCGGCAGACACACAAAGACACUGCAGAUUCAGAGAACAGUGACAUACAAAGCCUUUUAUCCCUCACAUCAGAGGAGUACACAGAUGAUAUCCCACUGUUGAAAGAAGCAUGAGGGCUGCCACUGGCCUCUCUCCUCUCUGCCCGUCCUCUCUCUUCCUGUGGGUUUGAGUACCAUGUCCUCUCCAGCUGCCCCACCUGGAUGCCUGAGCUGCCACCUGUGUAUCUCCACGUACCUGAGAGCCUGCAGGCCACCUCGCUGGAGACUCAAGGAAGAUUCUCACCUUCUGCCCACUGGACAGCUGGAGGACCUGGCUCUUUGCCUGGCCCAGCCUUCCCAUCUGUCAGGGACAUGUCUGAAUGUGCUGGAUUGAACCCUCCCUUUCCCUCAGCCUCUGGGUCCCUUCCAGCCAGCUCUUGGUGGCAGCCCCACGUCACGAGGGCCUGAGCACUGCUGUGUUUACUUGUGCCUUCCCCCACCCUGUCCAGGUUCCCUGUUGUGCAGGUGGGUUGCUGUCCACAGGCCUUAGUGACUAUGCCACCUGUACCCAGGGGCUAGACCUGAGGUUGCAGAAACAGACUGAAGAGUAGUAAGGCACUCAAAGCAGGAGUAGCUCAUGUUGGGUCCAGAUGUGGGUCCCUGAGCUUGCCCUGUGUGUUGACACUGAUGGCAUCUUCCUUAACUGAGCAUAGGUUUGGGAAGUCAUGCCAAAGCCACCCAGCACUCAGCUGACCAGCUCUGUGCAGGCUCCUGGCUCUUUUGAGAGUUUCCAAGAAGCACCCAGAAGACCUGUGGGAGGGAAGAAGGGUGUCAGAUAAUGAUUGUCUUCCUAAUAUGCGAGUUCUCACUUCCUGCUUCCAGCACUGGCUGCCUUGGCCUUGGUCUCUGUUCCUGGAUAAGGGAGUCGCAUGCUGUUUCCUGGACCUUGUCCUAGGUAGCUCUGGCUUCCUUGCAGCCCCUAGCAUUCUGAGGUUUGCUGAGAUACCCACAAAAGCUCACCGGGCUUUUGGCAGUCUGGGCAAGCUGCCCAUUUUUAGGUUUGUGGUGAUGGAGGAGAGGCUGAGAUGUAUAGGCCAAGUCCCUGGUGGCUGCAGGCAGCUCCAGCCAGGUCCUGAGGAUCCUCUUCACCACAGUCAUGUGCCUUAGUAACUAUGCCCAGGAAGUGGCCUGCUGUGCCACUGCUCCUGCUCUGUCCUCCUCCCUGCCUGUCCGUGUCAUUGCCCACAAGCCACUCUUUAUCUUCCCUGCCAGCUGAUAGACAUUGUUGGCUACUAGAAACCUGAGAUGUGCUGGUCUAGAAGAAAUGCUCCAGCCAUUUUGCUGGGGCCUCCUGUGGCCCUGUACUGAAUGCUGACAAGUCUGGGUAACAGAGCCCCACCAGGCUUCUACCAUCCUGAGAACACAGAUGUGGCAUUAAGGAACGUGUGCUUUUUCUUCUCUUCUUCCUCCUCUUCUUCCUCCUCUUCUUCCUCCUCUUCUUCCUCCUCCUCCUCCUCCUCCUCAAGCCUUGGGGCUGGGAAACUUCAGAGCCAAUCUUGGACUGCACCUAUGAUGAGCCUCUCUAGGGUGGUAAAAGUAAUAAAAGCCCAGAGUAUUUAUAGUUCCUGACACAGCAGGGUUAGCUCCAGGCAUCAGUGGCCUCAAAAAUAGGGGAAUAACUUCUCCUAGCCCACUGCCCACUGCCUCCAUUCACAAUGCACUUUAGUCCUGUCAUGCCUGGCUUCCUGCCACCCUCAUCUCCUCUCAGGGUAAGGGCAGUGCCUGCUGCCCCUGCUGGCCACUCCCACACUUACCCAGGAGACCAGUCCAUUGUGCCCAGUGUUCAGGCAAGUAUGGUUGGUUGAGGAAUGGGCUAGAGAAGGUGCUCAAACACACCUAGCAGAUGACUAAAACAUACCUAGCUGUUCCUGUCAUGGUCUUACCUAGGGCUGGGUUCCAAGGCCCCAAGCCAUCUCACCAGGGCUCUUCUUCAGCUUCAGUGGUAUCCAGCCUCUUCAAGGGAAAACUGGGCAAGGAGCAGGGGUCUUCUGAAUGGGUCUUCCCCUUUUGCUUACUGCUCUUCUAAAAUCUGAAUUCUGUUCUCGGAGUUUCAAAAUGGAAGAUACUUCCCUUUCUGUCUUUACUCUGGGCUGGUACCCCUGACAGAUUGCACUUUUCCUUUUGGACUUGUUUAGCCUUGUAGGUGACUGGGCUGGGCCUUGGGUAAAAGACCCUCCUGGUGCCUCUCAGCAUCCAUUAGCCUGCUCUGGGGACUCAGGCCCAGACUUGCCCAACUGAAGGUUAAAGGCCAUCCAUGGUCCCCAUCCUCUUGUCACUGGCUUUUAGAAGGUCUUUUCUUGAGGUUUCCCACCUACUACUGUUGCUGGCAUCUGUGACUUCUUCCUACAUUGUUUCUUCUAAAGCAAUUUCUUAACUAACCAUCAUGUGCUGUGGUUUCUGGGGCAUCUGGUCUUUGUCCAUUACAGAAGGACUGGGGGACUUAAUUUCCUUGAAGUGGAGCCUGACUAGAAACAGGGUCAGUGGUAGAUGGCAGACUCUUGGGCAGGAAGAAGCUUAGAGCAAGUGGGAAAAACUAACUAUCCAGCCUACUUUACUGGGCUCACCUCCGGGGCAUCCCGAGACUUGUCCAAAAGAGGCAGUCAGCACCAAAGGACUUUUACACAGGGUUUUUUGGUUUGGGAGAUGUUUUUGCUUUUUCAUACUUAAACUGACUCGAUGCAGGUUUUAUAUCCUGGUGACUUGCUGUCACAUUCUAUCAGUUUUCAAGGGCCAGAAUGAUGAAAUAAAUAAAUAGAAAAUUCCGUCCUUCCAUGCCUUAGUUUAACAGGUAGGCCCAGUUCUGUGUUUUGUGUGUUUCGCUGUGUAAGAACUGUGAAAUGGGCAGACGACUUUGUGGGUUUGUUUGGUUUUAUAAGGCAUUUCAAUGUACAUUCUACAAGCACUCCGUUUGCAAAGAGAACCUAAAGUCACUGUCUUCCCCAUUCAUCUUGCCCUCCUCCCUGCACCCCGAGCUUUACAGCUCUGUAAAGAAGCCAGGCUACAAGACAGACAAAGGUAUACUUUUCCUGCUUUGAGAGUGGCCAAGUGGGGAUAGAUGGCAGUUGGCCUUUUUCCUCCCAAUCCCAUCAGAGCUCUUGAAUCACUUGGCUUCCUGCAUAACAGUAUCUCCUCUGUCCUGAGGAACAUUCUAGCAUAGGAAAUGGGAUAUGCUGCAGACAUUUCUAGAUCCUCCCUCCCUCCCCCUCCUUAGAGAGCAGAGAGGCUAGAAAGGACACAUGCAUGCCUACUAAAUAGCCUAAUCCAGGUAUGCGGGUGGCUGACAGGACAGCCAGAGCCUCCUCUGUGGGGCCUUAGAGAAUAUGUUACUUGGCAUGUGUUUAGGCUGAGUGGUGAGGUAGAUGGUUUCCUGGGAAGCCAAAGGUAGCAGGCCAGCUUUUCUGAGAUGUGACUUAAUACUCGGCUGAAAACCUAGUCGUUUUGAACAAAGCACCCCCCCCCCACACACACACACACCCUACCCUGUCCUCUCCCAGUAGCAGAGCUCACCGUGGGGAAUGCGGAGUAGGGAGAGGAAGUAGUUGAGGGUUGCAUGGCUGUAUCCAUACUGGCCUGGCUUCUUGAGGCUGUGCACCACUAUGGGAUCCUUUGCAGAAUGGUACUCGUCAUGGUUUAAAACAACACAUGCUUAAUUGACUGUGCAGGAUGUCAAUCUGGGUUUGCUUUAUUUUAUUUUAUAUAUAUAUUUUUUGGUAUCCUGUACAUUGCAGUGGGUAUGAAGAUAGUAUUUUAAUAUUUGUACAAAGUUUAAUUUAAUUUUAAUUGUUCUAUGUAUAUAACUGCAUUUCUAAAUAAUAAUAAAAAUUCUUAUGAAGGCA